GUAGCUGACAUAAAGUUUACCAAGUAUUUAUGCCUCGCUGUAUUGAAUGUGAGGCUACUAUUGAGCGUAUAAUUAAUAUUGAAACAAACACAGUGGAGAAAUGCCCUUGCUGUGGUCUUAGUUGCGAUACAUAUUAUGAGUUCGGUACAACACAGAAGUGGAUAGAUGCUGUGCUACUACAGCGAUCAGCUUGGGUUCACAUCCUUUUCAACGAAGAUGUUAGGCUCCCAACUCAUUUGAUCUUUGCUGUAGCCUGUUGUUUAAUCGAGGCAUUUGUAGUUCGUAGCUUGUAUGUGAUAACUUCCUCUUCCACAGACACGACACUAACCCUUCAAAUUGUGAAGAUUAUCAAAAGUCCUUUGUACCCAGCAAUGAAUUAUGCGACAACGUUGCCCAAGCUUUUUUUUUAUACACUUAGUGAGCAUUUCCUGUUAUUGGCAACAAUGACUUGGGUAGGCAGCCGCACAACAUUAAAGGGUGUAAAUUACGAACAGGUUCUCUACAUUUGGGUGAAGGCUAUAAGUAUUGCCACAUCAGUAAAGCUUUUGUAUUGCUUAUUUUUUAUUUGGAAUAUCCCGUUGUCUCUCCUUCGGUUGAUUGACGGCUUGUUUUGUGUGUGGCUAAUAAGAGGGUUUCUCACACUUAUGUCCGACAAGUCCUUAUACUACGUGAUUCCGAACGUUUUAUUGUGUAUCGGAUGUCGUGUCAUGUUUCGUCAUCUGACAGGUUGGUGCAGUCAAAUUAUAGUGUAGGGGAAAAAAUGGUGCAGCGGUUUCCGCUUCUCGCAUAACCUUAUUGACCUUCCUCGAAUUAGGUAAAUUUGAUCAAAAAA